GUUGCAGCCUUCGGAUUGAAAAAAACGGCCACUGAGUCGAACAAGCAUAUUGUUAAAAGUCCUUUGUUUCAUUUCCGUUCGACACGGAAGUAUUCCUCGGCCUUUAUCAACAUGGCGGUGAAUCUCACUGAAUUAGCUCUUCCACAAUUAGAGAGCUUAAAAACUCAGCUUGACCAGGAAACCGAGUUUCUGUCAUCAUCCAUAGGUCAGCUGAAAGUAGUUCAGACAAAAUAUGUGGAGGCCAAAGACAGUUUGAAUGUCCUUAACAAGAGCAAUGAAGGAAAAGAGCUACUUGUUCCCCUCACCAGUUCUAUGUAUGUACCUGGAAAGCUGCAUGAUGUAGACCAUGUUUUAGUUGACGUUGGAACAGGUUACUAUGUGGAGAAGAAAGUAGAGGAUGGUAAAGAGUUCUUCAAACGCAAAAUUGACUUCCUUACAAAACAAAUUGAGAAAAUUCAGCCUGCCCUUCAAGAAAAACAUGCCAUGAAGCAAGCUGUGGUAGAAGUCAUGAACAUGAAGCUCCAGCAAUUGCACAGCCAACAAGCAUCACAGUCUGGUACCACGAAAGCCUAAAGGAUCGGUAAACAAUCAGGACAGAUUCUGAGGAUUCAACUUCUGUAUCACUCCAGUAUGCAUCCUUGAGACAGUACUUUGAUGUCUCAUUUUCCUGGAAGUAUGUCCAACAGUUGCCUGCAUUGAACACUUAUUAACUUAUUCUGUUCCACAUUUUCAUACUCACA